UAUUUUCAUCUGUCUAAAAGUAUUACCCCCUUUAAAAAGUUCAUUUACUUUUCCGACAUACAGUAUAUAAAAUCGAUAUUUUUUUGGUCACCGGGGUUUAACAGCGACCUAAGGGUGUCUGAAGGGAUGCUACGCAUGCAGCAGUAUGGGACGGUCCAGAGAGGAGCUCCACCCAUGAGGCUUGCGCUCCGCCUUCGCAAAAUUCAUUUUCCCGGGGGUUGUAUCGUGCUUACUAUUAGUCAAAUCGUCCCGUCUGCUCUCGUCAGUCGGUUUAACAAGCCACUAUCGUAACCCGGGUCAAAUCUGUCCGGGAAAGUGUCCCUCUGAAUAAACUUAAAUCGUUAUUGUUUCGUUAAGACCGUGAAUGUGCGCGAAUACUUGACUUUUAUUAUGGUAAGGGCUUUUGUGCUGGGAAUCGAUCAACUUUGUGCUGCUACCUUUUUUAUUUUACUUGGAUAAAUUUAGUAGCAGAUCCAGUGUUAUUCGUAAAUUACAGUCGAUGCUGACGUACAAUGGUUGCACCGGAACGGUAGACAACGAGAAUGGUUCCCCGGCAGAUUCGCUUUUGUCGGCCGAAGGAGAACUUCCGGAGGAAGCUGGAGAUUCACCAGGUACACCAAGGGAUACAGAAGAGGAGGCCACUCUUUCGGAUGAGUUUUAUUCGCACGAUACCGACGAGGACGAGGAUCAAGGCAAGAAACGAAGAGAUCGCAUUAAUUCCCUAGAUGGCAUUUCCUCUUCCGGUGGCGGUCACCUGGGCUCACCCACGCCCCGAGUAGGCACUCUAGGAGUCCGAAAACUGUUCACAAACAGUCGCGAACGAUGGAGGCAGCAAAACGUCAGUGGAGCCUUCGCUGAACUUCGAAAACUAGUACCUACACAUCCUCCUGACAAAAAAUUAUCCAAAAAUGAAAUCCUUCGCAUGGCGAUCAGGUAUAUUAGGCUGUUAAGCAACGUCCUCGAAUGGCAAAAGGCGCAGGAUCGAAGCGAAAUCACGCAUCAUGAAGUUCGAAUUAAGUGCGAGCCUACGUUCAAUCAAAAUUCGGCUAUAUAUCACGCAAAAUCUUCGUUGCUGAAGCAGGAGAAACAAGUAAAUGAAAAUCAUGCGUAUAGGACGAAUUUUUCUGGACAGACACUGUUGCAGCAUCCUGGUUCACAGGUGGUUUGCGAUAAAAACGGAAAUAAUUUGUUAAUGAUCGCACCAAAUGGUCACGGCAUACCCAACAAAAGAAGUGUGACGCCCUCAACGCCAAACCCAUUAGCCCCAGCUUUGAACAACGGAAGUCUCUCACGUUCUUCAAAUGUUCGACCUUCGAGUUUUCCAAAAUCGCCUCAAGUAAAUGGUCAAGUUAUCACCAGUUCAAGUAUUCUGACGAAUUGUUCCUCGACUGGUACCUCGACAAGUAAUACAUCUACUGUCAAUGGAAACGUGCCAAACUGUGCUCAAAAGAGGCUGAAGAUUGAGAAAGAAGAUGAAGAGUCUGCACAAAGCAGGGAGUGCAAGGUUUUACCCUCGCACAAUGUUCCUAUGAGGAAGAGAGUGAAAGUGGCGUUCGUUAAGGACUCGAACUCGGGUUUUCGUAAUGAUUUUAGAAACGUCGAGCGUAAAUAAAUGAGGGAAGGGGGUUGUUAAGGAUGAUUUAAAUGAGUUUUGUGAAAGUAAUAGAUUGAAUUGUUUGAAAGUAGUAUGUAGCGUUGAGUGAGUUUUGGGUUUUGGGAAAAGGGUCUUUGAGAUUUGGAAAUUUAAGGAUUUGGGGAAUUGGGAGGAUGG